AUGAAAUAAUAGAUUAAAUAUUACCACUAAUUAGAAGAAUUUUAAAAUUCUUCUCUUUAAUCUCAUUAAGUUCUCCAUAUUGAUCUGAGUGAGAAUGAAAUUAGUGAUUAAGGUGUAUUAGUCUUAGGUUCUGCUUUAGAAAAUUGUACUAAUCUCUCAAACUUAACACUUUGUCUUGUGGUAAAUUAAAUUGGUGAUUAAGGUGCAUCAGCCUUAGGUUUUUCUUUAGCAAAUUGCACUAACCUCUCAAAUUUGACACUUGAUUUUCGUGGGAAUGAAAUUGGGGAUUAAGGUGCAUUAGUCUUAGGUUUUACUUUAGCAAACUGUACUAAUCUCUCAAAAUUGGAACUUUAUCUUGGUGAAAACUAAAUCCAUUAAUCGUAAUAAUUGAAAGUAAAAAGCAAGUGUCUUAAAUCAAAAAGAUUAGUUACCUUUGAAAUAUGUUUCUAUUGA